UGAACAGAAGAACAUUGUUCCACAUUUGAGAAUGGAACACAAUCCUGGUUCUACAGUUUAGAACAGAACAUAAUUUUGGUUCCACAGUUUAGAUUAGAACAUUCUGGUUCCACAGUGUAAAAACAAUGGACCCCAGGCCAGACAUUCUCAUACAAACAGAGGAAGACAGCCGACUCUUUUCCAGAUGACUUCACUUGAAAAACAUGAGCGAGGAGAACAUUUCCACCCUCCCUCCUGACCUGUCACCAUGACAACAGACCACACCCCCUCGGGCUGUGGUAAACACAGCUCCAGAGCAAAGCCAGUUAACCCUUUCAGUCCGGAAAAGUUGACCUAAUUAAUUGUGAAAUGUUAAUUAACUUUACUGUUCUCCUUCAUUUAUGUUUUUUAAUAACAAUGAAAUAUUUUGCCCGUUCAACAUUUGACCACAUAGCCCCAUCCGUCUUUGUUUUAGAAAUGUUUUUGUUAAAUCGUCAUAGUUUGUUGACAGUUUUCCAGAUUUUAUCCUCAUUCAGUGAUGUAGGGACUUUUUGUCUUUGAUAUUUGAGCAGAAACUGCCCAGAUCAGGUUUGUCUUCAGGGUUUUUUUUAUUUAUUUAUUUGUUUUUUGGGUGCUUACCAGUAGAUUCCACUGAUUUUUAUUUAUUUAUUUUUUUAAUCAUUUUCUUUUGAAAACAGGAAACAGGGACUGGGGUGGAGUUUCUAAGGGGAAGGUUCCUGUCUUUGUUCUUGAACAAUUCCUCUGCAGCUCGUCAGAAUGCAGCAGUGAAGUGGUUAAAGGUGUGGACAGCAGGGAAGUUGACUGGAAAGUUUCCUUCACAGCCAACCAAUCGGAGAACAGCAAACACACACAGGAACGCUGAAGCAGGCGAGGUUGGCUUUAUGGGACUUUGUUUUUGAACAGAAACUAACUGUAGAUUUCUAACCGUAGAAGUGUCAAUAUGGUCACUACUGAAACCCACCAGAGCCAGGACUUGCUGGUUCCCCUCAAGAACCCAGAGGAGCCGGAGCUGGCCUCGCCCUCCUUUCCCUCAACAGAAAUGGAUCCGGACAAGUUGAGUCAGGGACCCGUCAACGCAAUCACAGUCCUCACGCUGCUGGAUAAACUAGUCAACAUGCUGGACACUGUGCAGGAGAACCAGCACAAGAUGGAGACGCAUCAGGUGGAGAUGGAAGAUGUGGUUAGAGGGAUCCAGGUGGAUAUCACCAAACUCUCUAAGAACCACAGUCACACCUCCAACACAGUCAGCAAACUGCUGGACAAGAGCCGCAAGUUAUCUGUGACCAUGAAAGAGGUCCGGGAAAAAAUGGAGCGUCAGGCUGUCCAGGUGAAGAAGCUGGAGGCAAACCACGCCCACCUUAUCAGCAGAAACAACUUCAAAGUCCUGAUCUUUCAGGAGGAAAAUGAAAUCCCUUCCACCGUCUUUGUAAAGGAUGCUCCCCCAUUCCCUCGAGACGGGAUUUUAGAAGAAGGAGAUGAAUCUGCUGCAGGAACAACAGGAAACCAAGAAGAUGGACUCCAGACCAUUGACCUCUCCUCUGAUGAAGAUGUGGGCCUGGAAGCCGAUCAGGAAGAAGAAGAGUUUUGGCCUCAUGAUCUGGACAACAUGGAAAAGUCCAGAGCAGAGAAACUAAAGCGGUCGAGUCUAAAGAAGGUGGACAGUCUGAAGAAGGCCUUCACCAGGGAGAACAUUGAGAAGAAGAUGAACAAGAUCAAACAGAAAACUUCAGUCCUGAAAGUUUCACCACAAAUGUUCAAUAUCAGGAAGCCUCGCAGCAGCUCAGACUCUCAACCUCCAGAGGGAUCUCCUCACACCGAGGUAGUCCUCACAACUGAGGCUGAGAUCCAGCUUUCUCCACCAAGCAGCUCUGAGCUGGAGGUUCCCUUCACUGAGGUUCAUGCCCAGCUGGCUCCAGCAGAAGAGGAGCAGGAGGGGGAGAAGAAGGAGGAGGUGAAGCAGGACGAGGAGAAGCAGGAGGAGGAGAAGGGAUCAGUGAUGGCAGAGGCUGAUGAAUCAAUCGUCUCAGAAGCAGUGGGUGGAGACUAUGCUCUGUCCUCCACCCUCCCACAGGAGGAGGAAGGAACAGAAGAAGGAGAUAAAUCUCAGGAGGACUGAAGUCCUUCAGACCUUCUGAAAGCAGCAGACCAGACUUUGGUCUCUCAUUCUGGACUUUCUCUUUGAGGUCUCGGCUUUGUCUUUCUGUCGUAGCAAUCUGUAUUUCUUCUCUUGUUGAGAAGAACCAGUGUUCUGCACUUGUUAAGAUUCCAUCAGCAUGUUUUUUACACCUAAACUCCAUUUUUGACCCAAGAUCCUUCUCGAAAGUCAUCGUCAUGCAGACGGACUGACUGAGGGUGCGGUGGAGAUCUGGCUGAACAGAAACCUCUGAACCACCUGACCCACAUGUGACCUCAGGCACACACAUUCCUGCAACAUUCCGCUGUUGGCAAACAAAGUUUGUUCAGAUCACCCGGGUUCUUCAGCUCCUCCUCAUUUAGGUUCUGCCAAAGUUGAGAAGAUCUUCAUUUUCCAUACAAGCUUUUUUAACCUUACUGAUUAUCCAACAUUCCCAUGAAGGUUUUCUCAAAGUUCCAACAGUUCUGACUAGAAGAAUUGUUUAAUUGCUUUUCUGAUGUUCUCCUUAGCUUUUUUUCAAUAUAUUAUAACACACUUUAUGCUUGACUUUAGCUCACUUAACAGUUUUAUUAGAUGUUCUUUCAAGAUCCAAGUCUCAAAUCACUGUAAAAUCCUCUGGAUUCCUCUGCCUUAAUAUAUGUAUACAACAUUUUGAAAAUGUUCUUCAGAGAACCCAAACCUUUGUUCUAUUUUAGCACAAAUAUUAUUGUUUUCCUUGAUCUUUGUAACAAAACCUAAAAUGUUCUUUAAAAAAAAGUGCCCCAGUUUUAUUCUUCUGACUUUUCUCCACCAUGUUUUUGCAAUCCUCCAAUGUUCUUCUGAAGUUUCUUUGAAGGUUAUUUUCAUUGAUCAGUGGAACUGAUGUGUCUGCAGACACAACAUGCAGAGUUACCAAUCCAAAUAAUCAGCAGAACUGAUCAAACCAUUUCUAGUUGGUUCCUUUGAUGUUUCAUAUUGUUCUUCUAUGUUUAUUGUGAGUCAAGCCUUCUUCUGCCAAAGAACAUUUCCCUUUUUAAACCUUUUUGCAGACUGUUUAAGGGUGGGUUGGUGGGUGGGGGUCACCUGAACUUCAAUCAAUAAAACCGUUGACACCA